UUCCAAGGACUUGAUUCAUUAAAUAUACAUUCUGAUCUGGAAAUUGCUGUUUGUAUUUGAGGCACUGCUUGGAAGUGUUAUGCUGUGGAUCCAAAGAGACUGAUGACAUGGUGCUAAGUCUGUCAAUUUCCAGCUGAGCUCUGGAAUGGCCUAUCAAGAAGUAGAAGUCCAACUAGAUAAUGAUUCAAUGAUAGAAGGAAUAAGUGACCAGGUACUGCUGGCAGUUGUGCUCGGCUUCACAUUCCUUGUUGCACUGGCAUAUGUGCUUUUAAGGAUAGCCCAUCUCAGUAGCAUUAUUUAUGUGGUCAGUGAGAAAAACCUCAGUAUUUUACUGGGGAUAAGUGUAGUAAGAAAUGCAGCUGGAGACAGGCAGCGCUUCUAUACUGAUAUGUCCUGCCCUGUCUGUUUGCAACAGGCUACAUCUCCUAUCGAGACAAACUGUGGACACCUGUUCUGCGGUUCCUGUAUUAUUGCAUACUGGCGGUGUGGCUCAUGGCUGGGUGCGAUACAUUGCCCCAUUUGCAGGCAGACGGUAACUUUAUUUUUACCACUCUUCAAUGAGAGUCAACAGGAUGCGGUACAAGUACUUCAGGAUGUCAGUGAUUACAACAGAAGAUUCUCAGGACAGCCAAGAUCGAUUAUGGAAAGAAUUAUGGAUUUGCCAACAUUAUUGCGUCAUGCGUUCAGAGAAAUGUUCUCUCUUGGAGGUCUCUUCUGGAUGUUUCGCAUCAGGAUAUUCCUCUGUCUGUUAGGCGCUCUGUUGUACCUAGCGUCACCCCUGGAUUUCCUGCCCGAAGCUCUAUUUGGAAUUCUGGGAUUUUUAGACGAUUUCUUUGUGGUCUUUCUGCUACUUAUAUAUAUCUCCAUCAUGUACCGAGAGGUUGUAACGCAGAGGCUGAAUAGAUGAGAGCAGAGUGUCAGGACUAGCAUUCGAGAGGAUUAAGGGGAAUGCUUAACUUGAAUGAACCACUGCCGAGUAAAGGAUACGGUAAAGCAUCUUAACACACUUUCAGUUUCUGCUAUUAAGGAGCCUCUAGCCGAAUGUGCAAGCAUGAUGAAUUGAAAUCACUGUGAUAGCA